ACUUUCGCAAUGACGUCAAACGGCUUUUGAUAGAGAGGUACCAUAUCGAAAACGAGAAUACCGAUGUUCCAACAUCAUUUCGCAAAUAGUAAGCACUGCGAUUCGAACUACUAUUGGAAAUACAUCCGCUUAAAAUUGAUCUAUUCGUGAAAAUGAGUCAGAAAGAGCACUGUGAAAUGUCGGAAAGUGUUUCCAAGAAAAAGAAGAGGUCUCUUGGACGUCAAUGUGCAGCAUACGGAUGCUAUAGCACUUUUUAUAAUACCGACGGAACUGCAAGCGGCCUACAUUUUUUUGGAUUUCCACAGAAAAAUCCUGAGAAACUUCGUUGGUGCAAUUUAAUUAAAAGAGUAGAUGGAAGAGAUGAUUUUAAAGUUACAAGCGCGACUGUUCUUUGUGAAAAACAUUUUGCUGAUGAAGAUAUCAAACGUAAUCCCACUCACUGGCGUCUAGUUACUGGGACUGUUCCUUCCCGCAAUCUCUAUGAAAGUAGCACAAUAGCAAUAAAGCCUAAGUCACGCAAACCUCCGACACACCGUUCAAUCCAAUUGCCAAUUGCAUCUACAGUUCCUGGACCAUCUUUCACUGUUGCUGAAUCUGCUGCUACUGAUUUUCUUCCAGAUUUCUUUGAAGAAGCACUUGAUGUUGCUGAUAAUUCUGUUACAAUAUCAACGCAAACAGAUUUCUCUUUUGUAAAUUCAGCUGUUUAUCUUCCUUCUGACUCUGGUAAUAUUGAUAAUGAAAUUAUGAAAGCCUUUAUUGAAUCUGAUAACUUCAAAACAGAAGCUGAAGCAUUGAACCUAAAGAUUUCUACAUUGAACAAUCAAGUGGCCCUGUUGGAGUUACAGAUAGCAGAAUUAAAGAAGUCCCUCUUUUCAAUUGAAAAAUUAAAAGCUGAUGAAUCUGCAACAAAGUUUUACACUGGUUUCCCUAACUUCUCUUCUCUACUGGCAACUUUUGAAUAUUUUGAACCAAAAUUGUCUCGAAUGCAUUACUGGCGUGGUAAACAAUCAUCUCUCAAUACUGAUCUUGAAUACCAUGAAAAGUCUUCCUUAAAGCCUGGCAGAAAGCGCACACUUUCUCAUCUAGAAGAGUUUGUGUUGGUGUUGAUGAGACUGAAAGUUGGCUUGUUUAUUUCAGAUUUGUCUGAUCGCUUUGGAAUCUCUCCUGGUCAAGUUUCAAAGAUCUUUACAACCUGGAUUUGCUUUUUGUAUCAUGAACUCCCAACUUUAUUUCCGUUUCCAUCUCAAGACCUUGUGCGUAAAAAUAUGCCAUCUCAGUUCAAAGAUUUCCCCACAACUAGAAUUAUCAUUGAUUGUACUGAAGUUUUCAUAGAGGUUCCAUCAUCAAUGAAAUCACAGUCACAAACAUGGUCAGAUUACAAACACCACAACACAUGGAAGGCUCUUGUUGGAAUUUCACCAGUUGGAUGCAUUACAUUCAUAUCAAAGUUAUGGUCUGGCAGAGUUUCUGACAAAGAAAUUACUCUCAAAUCAGGUGUGUUAUCACUUUUAGAGGAUGGUGACAACAUCAUGGCAGAUCGUGGGUUUGAUAUAAAAGAUAUCCUUCCUCCUGGUGUUACUUUAAACAUUCCUCCUUUUAAAGGCACAAGAGCACAGCUUUCAGCAGAGGAAACUGAAGAAACAGCCCGAAUUGCUUCAGUGCGGAUACAUGUAGAAAGAGCCAUAGGAAGAGUUAAAAAUUAUCACAUCCUUGAUGGUGUUUUACCUCUUUCACUGUACCCUGUUGCUGAUCAAAUCUUCACAGUAUGCUGCCUCCUUACAAACUUUUUACCUUUUUUAGUAAAUUCAAAUGAUAACUAGGUGAAGCAGAAAUAACAAAUAGCAAGUCACCAUUUAGGUAUAACGUUUAAUAAUAUAUAUAUAUUAUAUCACCAAUAGAAUUUUCUGCAAAAAAUAAUUAUGAAUAAUUAUAUAUAUUUGUAUGGCUCAGUGGAAUUAGCGUUGGUUUUUGAAGCAGCAAACUGGAGUUCGAUUCCAACCACGAGUGGUUUGAUACAAUUGGGCAGCACCCUUGUGGUAAUAAUUUUCCUCCUGUCAGCCUUAAUCUUAUGAUUACAUAUAUAUAGUAUACACAUAGUUGUAUGUAAUGAAAAUUUCUGUUUACUGGUCUGUC